AAUUAAAAGGAAUAACAUGAAAUAUCAAAAAGUCAACCUGGUAACGUGAUGGAAUCGAACCCAGGGCAGCUGCCUUCUAAAAAUACGAGGUGGUCGACUUGAUUAAGGCAGAAUCAUUUCACGUUCGGACACGCAUAUUCCAUAAUUCAAUUCCUCUCCGACGUUUCCCGGCGAAAGCUUCAGAUCUCAGUAUGGAAUCUCGGAACAAAUUGCAUUCCCGUUUACGUCUAUGGGAGUUUCCCGAUCAGUACGUCAUCGAGCCAGCUGAUGGCUCAGGCGCUCCGUGUUUGGAUAUCAGCCGCGUCGACGCUUCCAUGAAGCUCAUCGAUCAAGUCUCGGAGUGCAAAUCCUUGCGUGUUCCUAAAAUCCAUUCCAUCUCUGGUGUGGUUGGGAUGCUGAAGCUUCUUGCAGGAUCCUACUUGGUGGUUGUGACGGAGACUGAGCGUGUUGGGUCGUUUCUGGGCCAUCCUAUUUUCAAAAUUACAUCGUUAAAAGUUCUUCCUUGUGACCAUUCACUUAAGAACUCGCCUGAAGAACAGAAAAAGAUGGAGACUGAGUUCUCCAAGCUGCUUAGCGUCGCAGAAAAGACAACUGGUCUCUAUUUCUCAUAUGAAGUUAACUUGACACUGAGCUCACAACGCUUGCAUGAUUUGGGUGCUGAGUCUAAGUCGCUUCCUCUGUGGAGACAGGCUGAGCCGAGGUUUCUUUGGAACAAUUACAUGUUGGAAGUUCUUAUCGAUAACAAGCUUGACCAGUUCUUGCUUCCAGUAAUUCAAGGGAGUUUUAAUAGUUUUGAAACAGCUAUUGGAAAAGAUAUUGUUGACAUAACUCUGAUUGCAAGAAGAUGCACUCGGAGAAACGGUACGCGUAUGUGGCGAAGAGGAGCUGAUCCUGAUGGCUACGUUGCUAAUUUUGUGGAGACUGAGCAAAUUGUUCAGAUGAAUGGAUAUUCGUCAUCAUUUGUUCAGGUCAGAGGAUCCAUGCCUUUUAUGUGGGAGCAAAUUGUAGAUCUGACUUACAAGCCCAAGUUUGAGAUUGUUCAACCUGAAGAAGCCACGCGUAUAGCUGAGCGUCACUUUUUGGACCUAAGGAAAAAAUAUGGAUCAGUUUUGGCAGUUGAUCUUGUUAAUAAGCAUGGCGGUGAGGGACGCUUAAGUGAGAAGUUUGCUAGUGUUAUGCAGCACAUUACUGGGGAUGAAAUUAGAUACCUGCACUUUGAUUUCCACCGCAUCUGUGGGCAUGUUCAUUUUGAGCGCUUAUCAAUUCUGUACGAGCAGAUUGAGGGUUUUCUUGAACAAAAUGGGUACUUUCUCGUAAAUGAAAAGGGUGAUAAAAUGAAGGAGCAGCUGGGUGUUGUCCGAACAAACUGCAUAGAUUGCUUAGACCGUACAAAUGUCACCCAGAGCAUGAUUGGUCGAAAGAUGUUAGAACUUCAACUCAAAAGGAUCGGUGUUUUUGGCGCUGAAGAAACCAUAAGCUCGCAUCUGAACUUUGACGAACGCUAUAAAAUAUUAUGGGCUAAUCACGGUGAUGACGUUAGCAUUCAAUACUCUGGUACUCCUGCACUUAAAGGAGAUUUCGUCAGGUAUGGGCAUCGGACUACCCAAGGUGUCCUUAAAGAUGGUUGGAGCUCCCUCGUACGCUAUUACCUGAAUAACUUUGCUGAUGGAACUAAACAGGAUGCGAUUGAUCUCCUGCAAGGGCACUACAUAGUUGCUAUGAGCCGAGACAUGGCCCCUGUGCCUCAAAAGGGAGGCCUCGAGGCUGUAGCCAAUUUCCCUGUGGCAUUGGCGGUGGUUCUGAUCAGUUUCUGGUUUGCAACAAUGUCUCUGAAACAAGCUGGGAGUGAUUAUAAGCAUAAGCACUUGUUCUUCUCGCUUCUGUGGACGGGCAUAUGUGUGGGCGUCGCAGCACUGGUUAGGGCCAAUGGGCGGAUCUUCUGCAACCGGCCUCGUCUCCACAAGCCCAGGGGCUGAUUCAUCUUAUUCUCCAUUCGGGGGUGGCCAUUGUGAUCACUAACUACAACACGGGGCUCAAGUCAGAGCCAAAAGUUUUUUACGUUUGUUAUUUUUUUUUGUAUCAAUGUUGGACCUUGUGACUCCAUCUAGAGUCAAUUGUCUCAGGUGGUGACACCGUACUAUUUAAGACUCCUCUCACAGCCACCAUUAACUCGGUAUAAUUACAGUUACACAUCGUUCUUUUAUUUUC